UGUAUAUGUGUGUGUGAAAGUGUGUGCAUAUGUGUGUGUAUGUAAUCCAACGAGAGUUACCUUCCCUGCUUCUGGCUGCAGCCUCUCUCACAUCUCCAUCAUAUGACGCAUAGCAGCGCGGAUCUCUCUCUAAAGUUUGAAUGAGUUAUGAUGGAAACCAGCGCCGCUGCCGUAUUCAAGGGGCCUGGUCCACCGGCCCCGCCCAGGAGCAGACUGAAACACAGAGAUUAUGGGCAGGGCCAGCAGCUUCUCGGCCCUACUACGUUAUUCAGAAUGUUUCACAUUCUCCUCUCGGUCUGUGUUAUAUUUGGAGCUCAUUUAACAGCUGCUGAGUCUCUUCAGUCAAGUACUGGCACCACCAUUUCAAGUGAUGCAUCAAUAGAGGUUCCAUGCUUGCCUACCAUUGCUCUAGAUGCAAGUUCUACACCCCUUGCAGUGAUACCAGAACGUAGUGGCAGUAAUAAAGUAAGUAAAAGUACCAGUAACCCAGACAUCUUCCCGUCCAGUAUGAACAACAACAACAACAACAACAAUGACAGCAACCAACACACAAAGGCUAAUCCAGCACAAAUUAUACCAAAAAUCCCCAAAAACUUCUCCUGGGUUGUUGAUGGGUUUUUAGCAGCCCUUGGAUUUCCUAAUGAAGCUGCCAACAUGAUGUAUUUAGUAAAACAUGGCAUAAAAUACCUCAUUAGUUUAACUGCGGAACUUACCCCUUCCUUACAGGGAUUCGAAGAUAAAUUAGUUUGGUCUCAAAUUAAGAUAAAAGACUUCUCACCUCCAACUCUUCAACAAGUCGAUGAAUUCCUGAAAGUUGUUGAAAAAGCUCGUUCUGAAAAUUCGGCUGUGGCAAUCCACUGUGCCCAUGGAAAAGGAAGAACUGGUACCAUGAUUGCUUGUUAUCUGAUUAAGUAUCACAAUCAGACAGCCAGUGAAGCAUUAAGAAACAUCCGGGAAUCAAGACCUGGCUCAGUGGAAACAUUUCAACAAGAAGAAUUAAUUUAUAUGUUCGAAAACCAACACAACCAGACAAAAAUGCAAAAAGGAAACUGAAGAAUCUCGUUAGAAAUGACACCAUUAGAAACUAAUUAACUCUAUAAUUAACAAGGUCUAGAAACAUAUUUUAGUUCUUCUUGUAACCAGUUUUAGAAGAAGGCAGGUUAUAUUUUCAUCUUCCAACUUUUGAUUUUUUUUAUCAUUUUGUUAUUUAUUCAUUUUGUAUAAUUUUCAUUUGAAGUAUUUUUGCUCAUGUAAUUUCAACUGCACACCAUUUAUAUCUUGGCAGUUAUUCUACUUUUGAUUUUUUUUUAAUUCUAUUUAGCUUAAUUCUUUGACCUUACUAAUAACAAUUUAUCAUUAAGUUAACACAUUCCGAUUGUAACCUUGUAAAUUUCCAUCUUUCACAAAAUUCUUCAAUUUUAUGUAAAAAUGACAUUUAAAAAAAUAUUUCUCAUCAUUUGAAGCUGUUUUUGAACUUAUCAUACAGCAUUUAUUGGUCUCACUAGUCUUGGAGAGCCGACAAUGGCUAUGAGUCAGCCUUUUUGUCCAGAUCAAAAUAUUGAAAGAAUAAGUUAGAAUAAUUUCGCAAUUGAUCUUAAGUAUUUCAGAAGUGAUAUUUUUGGUUCACUAUCUUCUUCAACUCUAAACUUGGAUGUGAAUUGUGUUCUAGAACUGAUUCACAUGAACACCAAGUCAACAAGUUACGUAGAAGCAUGGCACAUAUUUCGAAUUCCCAAGUUUUUGUAAAUUUAAAAAUGUUUAAUUCUUAUAUUUUUUAAUGAAUUACAAAAAACCUGGCUAUUAUUAUGAUUAGUUCGUCUGUCAUUGUUGACGAUGAUCAAGGACAUCAGAUGGGAGAGGAAGAUGGGGCAUGGUAUGUCUGGCUGUGGUCAGUCGGUCUGAUGCAUGCUUGGAAGGCUCUGCCGCAAGUUGAGCACUAGUGGUCAGUCGGGACUGAAGGCAAGGAGUUGGCCCUGAACUUGUGUAGUUAGCAUUGUCCUUGUGUCCCUGCCAUUCUAUUCUGUUUGUAAGAGGGUACCACCUCUGUCGGUGCAGCUUUGCCAAGCAGAGCAGUCUUGUGCUUGCAUUUCCCCGGUGUCAGGGUUGAUCUCAAAACUCUUUGGUGAGGCUUUGACUGUAUCCUUGAAGCACUUUUUCUGGUUAGGAUAAGUAUUAGAGAUCUGGCUAGGAGACUAGUUACAGUUCUGGCUAAGAGAAUUACAAAAGAUCUAGCUAGGAGAAUUGUUAGAGAUCUGGCUGGGAGAAUUACUACAGAUUUGGUUACGAGAAUUGCAAGAGAUUUGGCUGGGUGAAUUGUUACAGAUUUAGCUCGGUGAAUUGUUUCUGUUACAAAUAUUUUGUUGUAUUUAAACAAGAAUAAUUGAGGUUUUCUGUUGAAUUAUAUUGUUAAAAAUGAAUGCUAUGAUUUGAAAUCAUCCCAGUGAAUAUUUUUUUUAAAUGUUGAUCAAAAAUCCUUUCCAUUGGAAUUAUUUGUAAACUCCAGUUGAAACUUCUCUUUCAAAUGAAUGAAAUAUAUUUCAAACAGAAAUCACUUGUUAAAUUGAGAAACUGAUAAAGAAUCUAUAAAUGUUUUAAUUGAUUAUGAUAAAGAAUAUGUUUCAGAAAUGAAAAGAAGCAUGAGAAAUAAUUACAGUAGGGUUAAUUGUGGGGAUUAGGGAAAACAUUCAAGGCUAAUUAGCAUCAGUUGCAACUAAUUUCUCAAACAUUGACAAAGUAAAACUCUGUUGCUCUUCUUUAAUUUUCCUCCAAUCAACUUUAUCCUGAAGAAGGAUUCUAUCCAGAAGAUUGGAUACUCCACUCCCCACCCCAUGGCAAUUUCACUGAACUCUGCCGAUUCAAUUAACAUUGGUUGGAAGUGAUGGGGUGAGGGGGUGGGGAUGGGAGUAAGAGAAACAAGGGAGACAACUCCAAAGGUUUGUUUUUAUCAUCAACCGAAGCAUUAACUUUGCCAUAAUUUACACUAGUAAAUAACAUAUACAUAUAUAUAUAUAUAUAUGAGAAUAGGAAAAAAGCAUUACGGAUUGUUUAAUUUUGCUUUUUGGUCACAUAAUAAUAAUAACAGAAGAUAAAAGAAUCAUUAGAGUGUUGGAAAAAAUACCUUGUAGUAUUUGGUUGUGGUGCUUCAUGCUCGAAGUUCAAAUCCUGCCAAAAUCAACUUUACCUUUCAUCCAUCCAAGGUUAGUAAACUGAAGUUCCAAUCAAUCUGAUAUAAACACUGUAAGUUAUUUUUUUUUAGUUAAUUAACCUGCAACUUUCACAACUUGAUUUCUUUUCCUUUCAUAAUUUUUUCUUCUCAAAUUUAUCCCAGCCUAUUCUUCUAUCAAUUCUUUAAACAAGUCAAGUCAUUUGGUUGGAAUUAAUUUAAGAGACAAAAGUAUUUCCUUGAUGGGAAUCUAAUAGUCUUGAUAUGUACUCUUUGAUUUGUUAUGUUACUGAUAUAUAUAUAUAGCUUGAACUAAAGUUUCUGUAAUGAAAACAAGGAGUUUUGGAGUAUUUUUGUCACUGUAUAUACUCAGGUACUCCAAUACACCCUAUGGCUUUCUUGUGAUUUCAUCUGAUCAAAGAUUCCAAAGUCAUCCAUUUGAAAGAGUUGUAAGUAAACUUGGAGUAGUAAAUGUAUUUGUUGAAUUUAUCAAAAUGAAAUUUAUGUUUGCUCUACUGACUCUGUAUUGUUGAAUCUUAGCAUUGAGUACUUUUAUUGUAUAUAUGUACAUACAAACAUAUAUUAACAAACAUACACAUAUGUGCAUGCACACACAUGUAUGUUUAUACACAUACACACACACAGACACUUGUUAAAUAUAUCACUUCACCUAAAUGGUGUGGAUUUACAUGGCUAUUUAAAGAAACUUAAAUAUUCCAAGUGAGAGAUAAAUGAAAUCUUGUCUUCCUUCUUUCCAUAGUCCUAAUCUGUUAUCCAGUUUGGCACCCCUAACACAUCCUUGGGUAUCUUCAACAGAAUCCAUUUUGUUGCAAGCAUUCACAUCAGAUCUCUAGUCUGUGGAUAACAUCCUGUUACCAUUCUUAGAGACUCUGAUGAAGGUCUUGGACAUUGCCUUUCCUACUUUGGUAGAAAUAUAGACGGUCAGUUAACACUGGUUGCCUGAACCAUUUUGGCAGACAUCUCUUGAGAAUCAUCACUUAUUGAUGAUGAUGUUGUGGCUUAGUUUCACGUCAGCCUUCAUAUGACUUUCUCAGGCAUAGCAUAUCUAAGACUACAUUAUCUAUUGUGUCACCUCCCUUUUUUUAAGAUGUUAUUUUACUGGUUUCACUCAGUGGACUCUGGCCAUGCUGGGGCACAACCUUUGAUUGGUUUUUAAUUCAUUGUAUUGAUCCCAGUACUGAUUUUAGUUGGGUUGGUGUCUAUUUUAUCAGUCUCUAUUUAUCAAAUCACUAAGUUACCCUUUUAACAUAAAGGGACACAACUUGACAUUGGUUUUACACCAGUAAAUACACACACACACAUACACACACACAUUUAUAUACUUGCAUUCACAUUAAGGUUUCCUACACCAUUUCCAUCUCCCAAAUUCUGUUGACAAGGCAUUGGCCAACCCAAGGCGCUGCUGUCAGACAUUUGCCCAAGGUGCCAUAUUGAGGGUUUGAACUCAGGACCAUGUGGUUGUGAAGUGAACUUUUUAAUCAAACAAUGCAGCUAUGCCUGAAGAUGUAAUUUGAGGGAGAUUUGGUUGCUAUUUCUAGCAUGUAUGACUACUAUAUAAACAAGUUCAUUUCAGUCCUGUUUCUUGUUUAUGUUUGUCACAACUCUCUUUGUCUUGCCAAUAUUUCUUCACUUUUGUUGUGAAUUAUUAAAGUAAACCACACCCACUUCAUUAGCAAUGCAUUAAUUAGUUGCUUUUUAAAUGGUCCCCUUUCUUGGUUUGUUGUUAAUUCCAGUAUGAUGGUAAUAAUGGAAAAGUUAGUUUAGAUUGUCAAUUCUUUGAGCUUGUUGUAUGCAACAUGAGGUAAUGUUAGUUGGUGAGAUUAGAUGUAGGUAGAAUGAGUUCAAAUAGAAGCUAUGGUAGUUAUUAAUUAGUAUCAAUAAAAGCUGGUAACAUGGUCUAGUGGUAAGGGUGUUGUUGCACUCAUGAUCGCAUAAUCACAGGUUCAAUUCUUGAAACAGAUGUGCAUUAUGUUUUUGAGCAAAACACUUCAUUUUACAUCGCUCCAGUCCAUUCAGUUGUAAAUGGGUUCCCCCCUGGCAUCCUGUUCUGGAAGAAUGUUGGCCUGACCAUCUACCCAAGGAGGUAGCAUCAUUCAGAAGCUACAAUAAUGCAAGGAAGUGUAUUGUAACUAGUGGUGUGUAACAACAUCUGAUAGUCUUGCCAAUCCAGUGAUACAGUUAUGUAGUCAUCAUAGUUCCAUGUAUCUAUCUCUCUCUAGUGUUACUAUAGUUUCAUAGAGUUACUCUCUCUCUAAAUUUGAUUUUUAAAUGUUAUUCAAAAAAAAAAAAUGUACCAUAUCUUUACGAAAUUAGAAAAUAUAGAUUGAGUUGCACUUUACUGAAAGUUUC